CACUUUGCGAUAAAAAGUGGUUUUUGGGUUGCAGUUUGGGCACUCGGUCUCUAAAAGGUUCACCAUCACUGUUCUAGGGGGUGUAUUUUUUUCUUGCUUGAGAGGGGACAUCAUCUGGACUUAGACCUUGUCGAUUUGUAAUUGGGCAGUAACAUAACGUUUCAUGUAUUUUUCUUGAUUCACAUUUUCUUUCUGGAAAAGUCAAAAACUAUCCUUUUUCUAGAGUGGAAAUACAUGCAAAUAACUUUUUCAUUUUUUCUGUGUUCUUCAUAAGUUCUUUAAGUAUUCUUUUAUUCCUUUGUAAUCUAACUAUCCAAUUAUUUAUUUUUGAUUUUCAUGCAAUUUCUGUUUGAAAAUAAAGUAUAAAAUGUGGACUAUGCAAGUAAUAAAUAAUGCGUUAGUGGUAGGGAUGUGUGAAAAAUCUGUUUGUGGUUAGGAAUCCAUCACAUUCCCUGUGCUCAGAUCCCUGGAUUCUGGUCCACUUUGCAGCAGCCCUGAACCUGAGUACCUAGGGAAUAUGCCUAACACUUGUGAGGUGCUCACCAGGAAUUGAGCCCCACAUGCUGUGCAAGCAGUGCUCCUCUCCCACGCCAAACUGUUGCUGUUUGGGUGGCUGCAACUGUACCAAAGAAGGCUGGUGGCAUGGGGCUUGCCUGGAAAGGAGCCCCAUGCAGCUGCCAGCAGCAUCCCUCUUCUUUGUCAAAUGAUGUUGCUGCUUGUGCAACCGUGAGUACACAAGUGUUAAUGGACUUCCUCUCAACUUGGCUUGUUUUGGAAGAGUGGGCUGAGCACAAGAGGAAGUCCAGCAAUGUUUGGAGGGAUGGAUGCCAAUAACGUUCACCCCACGCCUAGUUAGUGGUUUACAGGUUUUACAAUUUUGUUGUUUUAAAUGUUAUUACAGAGACCCUUUGAAAUAAAGAUAUAACUAAAUUAUAGUGAUAUAGUAUAGGAUUAUUGGGUUAAAUUCCAGGUUUAUGAAGAAUCAUUCAGACAUCGUGUCUUCAAACUGGUCAGUGUUUAUUGAUAUACCAAGAAUUGAAUAACAAGUUAAUGUAUGAAACAGCCAAGAAUUUUGUUUCAAUUUCUGCACAUUUGCAGUUUUCUGAAGCCUGUGAAGAUUUGAUUAAAUGAGAAUCUAGGAGUCUUUUUGACAUGGAUCUGGUUAGACAAAGUUUAUGUUAAUAUUCCUAAGAUUUAGUGACUCACUAUUUGUAUCAAAAUAUAUGUAGAGAUGGGCAAAGAUAUGGAUUUUGCCCUGGGUCCCCGAUCUCCUGCUUAUUUCAUGAGAACCUGCCUUUACUAUUGCUAACCCCUUUGUCUUAUUCCUAGUUUACAUUUCUACUGGAAUGGUACUAAUCCAGUUAUAUUUUUAAUGACUAUAUUUUUAGGGGGGCUUCUUUGAUGACUGGAAAUCAAUUUUAGGUGGCUAAGAUACAGUUUGGAGUAGGAACGAUUUUUCUUAUCUUGGGGUAUGGUCACUAUCUUAAAAUUGGGAUGCAUGAUUAAUUGGAUAACUGCUAUUACUACUGCUGCUGCUGCGACAUUGUAUAAUCCAGGUUUGUUGCUCUUUCAAGGAACUAACAUGGCUAACAUGGUUCUUUUCCUCUCCAUUUUAUUCUCAAAACAACAACACUGCGAGAUAGGUUGGCCUGAGAGUCAUGGACUGACCCAAAUUCACCCAGUCAGCUUCAUGAUCAAGUGAGGACUGGAAACCAGACCUCCUGGGUCCCAGUCCUGCAGUCUUAACCAGUACACAUCACACUGGUUUGACAUUUUGGUAUCUUAAUAAGGACGAAGCAAUUUUUAUUUUCUAAGCACUUUUAAUUAACAGUUGUAAUAAUGUUUUAAAAAUUGUUUCAACAAGGUGGCUCCAGAUUUAUUUUAAAUCUACCUCUAAAAUAAUUAUUAUACAUUUUGCCAACAUAAUAAGAAUUCUUUUUCAAGUGGAAAGUUUUAAAUUUCUUUCUGGGGAAUGGGUGACCUGUCUGGCGGCAUCUUGCAGUGCUUCGCUACCUUAUCUUGCUUAGAUGUUUAUAAACCUAUGAGAGAUUUCUCACCUCUCUGAUGGAGAUUUUAUGACAGGGGAGUUUAGCUCUAAUUACAGCAAAAUGGCCAGAUAAGGUAAACUGAAACAUGUUGCAAAGUCGAUCCCUCCCCCUACAAUAUUUGUCCAAGUUCUUUCUUUUUCUUUUCCUCUCUUUUUAAUUUUAUUUUUUGAGCCAAGAGAACAUCACUUCAGUUUUCUGCAAUUAAAGGCAUUUCUUUUUGUGUAUUUAGAAAGUUUCCAAUCGGAAGUGGAAAGUUUCUUGAUGAUCAGCAGAUCUGAAGUCUAGUUAGACCUUGAUACAACUGAUGUUUGUAUGUGAUUAGAAGGAUGGCCAUUGUUCUAUUGCCAUUUUCCUUCUCUGACAAGAAACAGAGUGAAGCUAGAGAAGUAUGUUUCACGCAAUGGGACUUUUGAUGCUUCUGGAUUAAUUUGUACAUGACUUAUUUUGAAAGUUGAUCUGCACUUCCUGAACAGCUUUAUUCUGAAGCAAAGAUAAUAAAGAAGUAUGAACCCUCCCACUAGACUUUCUUCAUUUAGAUAUCUAGUAACUGUCUUCCAUAAUAAUAGCCUUAAUUAGCUCUUCUAAAUGUAAUCGGUUCAGCUCAGUGUCAUUCAUGCCACAUGCACAAGCCAGUUAGGUGUGCAGUAUCAUAGUAAAAUACGAUAGUAGAAUAAAUGUUAAAUAAAAUGAAAACAAUUGUUUUCUCAGGGACACCAACUUGCUGUUAAACUGUGGGAAAAUGAUUAAUUUUUCACAUCCACUUAUGGUAGAAGGAAACUCUAGUUAGUUGAAAAGACAUUAAGUUACAGGGUUCUUAUCUCAGGAUGUGCUCCAUGUAGUCCCACACUUGGGAAGUUACUGCAGGGUCCUCAGAAAGCUGUGUAAAAUUGGGAAAACAGUUUGCGUUUGCAUCCCACUCCCCAUGCCCAAAAAACAUUGCAUGUAUGGGAUGGGGCAUAUAUUUCUCCUCUUUCUGGUAAUACAUGGAAUCUCAGUAGGAAGGGGUUAUUAUUAUUUUUCAACAUAUUUUUCCUUCUGCUAUCUAUUUUCCAAUAAUUCUUUAUAUAUUAAGACUCUUCAAUCCUAUUUGCAUGGAUUUUGCCUUGCCUGUGCAGGAGCAAGUCUUGUUUAUUUAAUACUGUAAGAUUAUUCUUCUAUACUCCAACCAUCUUUAAAUGUUCUACAUACCUGGGGAGAGGCAAAGCUAGUAUCCCCCAAUUCAGUAUCUUGUUGACCAUACAGGGAGCAGCAGUAACAGAAAGCAUCAUCUCUGUGAUUAGUUUGGUGAGAUCUAGGGGUGUAUUAUCCUAUCCAGUGCAGUGUGUAAUGAUUAUCAUCUCAGUAUCCUUUUUUGAAAUAUGUUGCUGUUGGUUUCCAAAGACUGUAUUUCUGUAUGGUUCUUAAGAUACUUUCAUCAUCAUCUUGUGCAACUGCAUGACUGUCCAAGAGACAUGUUUUGUACUCAUGUUUAUUUGAUUUUCUCUGUAAUUUGCUUGAUUCACAGUGCAGUAAGAUUUGUUGCUGCAACAAAAGAACAUAUAUCAUCUUGCUUGAUGAAGAAUUAUGUAGAACUUGAUACCUUGUACAAUAUUUUUAACCUUUGAGUUGACCUACCAAAUACAUUACUGUAAUAAAAUGCUAGCUUUUUUCCUGGAACUUUUUGUCCAAUCUGACUGCUAUGUUUUUGUAAUUUUUAUAAAGCAUGUGAGAUGGGAGUACCAUGUGCAACAAGAGCCAGAGUACUACAUUUCACCAUUUUAAUAAGUGUUCAGAAAAAUAUACUGAUUUAUGACAAAGUAUACAUGUAGGCAAGCUGCAAUGUACUUUCUUUAACAGUGUUUGUUUUCUAAUAUUUCUAUCCUAUAGGGGAAAUGUGUGAAGAUCCAAUAGUUGAACAUGGAAUAAAAUUAAGUGGAUUUGGACAUACAUAUACAUAUGGCAACAAUAUUACAUUUGAAUGCAAAAUUGGAUACUUCAUGAUUGGAAGUUAUUUGAUUUGGUGUCAGAAGGAUAGUACCUGGUAUCCUGAGGUACCAUCCUGCAAAAAAAUUGAUCCAAAAUUAUGUGGUGCCCCAUUAAUUCCAAGGGGGACUGUGCAUCCAUUGAAACCUCAAUAUAAAAUUGGAAUUAUUGUUGCUGUAACCUGCAAUCCACAUUAUUCUUUUCCUGAUGAAACCAUGGAGAUGACUACAGUAUGCCAAGGCUACAACGUGUGGGAUCCUCCUGUGCAACCUUGUGUCUUUAGAACUUCACAAGAUACUUUUCAACUGUCCGUCCAUAAUGGAAUGAUUAUCCAUGGGAAGAAAAAUAAUUAUGAGCCUGGAGAUAAUGUUACUAUUAAAUGUUAUGCUGGCUAUACAUUGGUAGGGUCAUCUGAGAUUCGAUACAUCGGUGGGAAUCAAUGGUCACCUAAAAUUCCAUCUUGUUCUUUAAGUACGUGUGAGGUUUGUAAAUAUAUACUGUGCUUAACAGACAGCCUGUAUAAGAAAUGUUAGUCUUUUGUUUCCUUUUUUAUUUUUCAUUAGAUAGGAAAUCUAUUUCCUUUUACUAGCUUGAUUUGUAAGUAUAUUGGCAGUUCAUUUGAUAGUAGGGCACUGAGUAGGACUGGAAGGCCUUGUAGAAUUAUUUUUGAUUCUUUGCACAAAAAGAUUUUUUGCAAGUUAGGAAUAGUGCAUUUUGCUAUAAAUGGCAAGAAGUCUCAUUCCUAAAGGAUAAGUGAAAAACAAAUCCCAUUUCUAGCAGCAGUUGGUUGUUACCACCGUGGUGAAUGUGGAAGAAGGUGCAGUUUUUCAAUUAUCCAAGUUAAAAACAUUGUAGGGACCAAGAUAGAAGAGGUAUCUAACAUUGAUUAGAAUAUUUACUUUUUAUAAUGGAGAGUAGUUCUGUUGCUGUACCUCCUUCUUCACAUGCAUAUGUGAACAUGUGUACAUACAUGGUCCUAGAGAUCAUUAAUGAAAGGUCUGAAUGUGCACAAAAUAUCUAUGUAGCAGUCUUUUAGAAACUGAGAAUAACUAUUGGCGAAAUCAAGCAAGAUACUCAUUAAGAGUGCAACAUUAUAAAGUGUUUUUAUAGAUUUUUUCCUAAAUCACAGAUGCACACAUUGCAGAAGCAAAUAUGGUUUGGUUAAGAAACUUGUCAGCAGUCGGAGCAGGAGGGGAACCUUAGACCCAGGGCCCAAAUUCAGCCGAGAUGGCCAUGCUUCCAUUCUCUAUGAUCAUCUCCUUUCUGGUAACCACUGAUUAAUCCACCCAGUGGGCAGAACUUGAUAUAUUUAGGAGGAAAGGAAAAGAAAUCGAAGAGAAUGAGUUAUAAUUAUCUGACUUAAGAAGGAAAAGAGCCCAAAGAAUUUUACUUGCCAUUUACUUGUCCAAUUUUAUAUGUUGUUGUUAAGUGUCAUCAAGUCAUUUCUCACUUGAAUGAGUGCUUUCUGAAAUGUUCUCUUUGACAGUCCUGCUCAGUUCUUGUAAACUCAAGGCUGUGGGAUUGAUCCAUUUCAUAUUUCGCCUUUCUCUUUUCCUGCCUUCAGCUUUCCCUAGCAAUAUUGUUUUCUCCUGUGAGUCUUGAGUUCUGUGACAAAGUUAUGACAACGCAGGUAUUCACAAAGCUCUUUUCCACCUCCAUGUUUCCAAUGCAUCAUUUUCUUCCUGUCACCUUCCUUCAGUGGCCAGAUUUCACAUCAGUGAAUAGUGAUUUGGAAUAUAAUAGCAUGGAUGAUGUUGUCCUUGGUCUCCAGUGAAAUGUGCUCAUAUUAGAUGUUCUUUUCUAAUUCUUUCAUUGUUGUCCUUCCAAAUCUCAGUCUUGUUCUAUUUUCUGAACUGCAGACUCUGUUGUUGAAUUUAUGAUUGAGCCAAGGUACACAAGAUCUUACACAACUUCAAUUUCUUCAUUGUUGACAUUAAAGUGUAUUUCUUCUGUUGUCAUGAUUUUCAUUUUCAUUUUCUUAAUGUUCAGCUAUAGUUCUGGAUUUGUACUUUUUUUAAAACUUUGGUGCCUGUUUGGGUGUCAGGCAUUUUGGUGGAGGAUAGUCCCAUAGCAAUUGUGAUUGAUAGGCUCAGAGGUGUAUCAGCAGGUUUGUUAUUAAUGUUUUUAUGUUUUACAUAUUUUCAUUUAUCUCUGGGUAACUUUAGGGAGCAAGCAAACUUUAGGGUUGCCUGCAUUACUGUGGUGAUGGGUGGGGGAGGUAUGGCCUUGUGGGAUCAGCAAGUAAGCUGAGAAGAGGUUGAUACCUUACAGCUAUCCCCUCUUCUGGUUCUUCUCCCCACCAGGUAAUUCCUGGCAGCCUUACCAGUUUGACCUCAGGCCUGUUGCUGCUGUUGCUGAAUGCCAGGUUGGCCCAGGAUAAGAUGCUUCUCAACCAUGGCUUGAUUGUGGAUGAGGAGGCGGACCUGACCUGCAUUAUUGAGACCUGGGUGGGUGAACUGGGAAGGAUUACUCUCUCUGUGCCCCCCUGGGUACUUGAUACAGCACCAGCAUCAAGUUGAGUGCCAGGGAGCAGGGGGUUGCUGUGGUCUAUGGGAAUACAACCUCCUCUAGUCUUCCUGUUUACUUGAGUACAGGUCUUGAGUGCUUGUAUCUUGUGCUGGUGUACUGCUCACCCCACUAACUAUCAGAUUCCCUGCUGAGCUGAUGGAGAUGGGCUCAGACCUGGUGUUGAGGACCUCCAGGAUGGUGUUCUGGGAGAUUUUAAUCUCCAUGCCAAAGCAGCCCUAUCCAGGCAGCUUGGUACUUCAUGGUUGCCAUGACAAUCAUGGGGCUGUCUCAAUAUGUUAUUGGCCUGACACAUGUAAAAGGAUACACCUUUGAUUUGGUUUUCUCGACUGGGCAGGAGGAUGGUGAUCUGGAAGUGGGGGGAUUAACAUUAACUGCUUUGUCAUGGUUAGACCACUUCCCUUUGAGGUUUAGACAUUCGGCUCCUUUUUUCCUCUGCAAGGGUGGGGCACCUUUUAAAAUGUUCCACCCCCAGAAACUACUGGUUUCCAGAGGACUCUGGGGGAGUUUCUGGCUGGUAUGCCUGGUGCUCUUAUUGAAGUUCAGGUCACUCUGUGGAAUGCAGUCUUUGAAUGUUAAUACACUUUGAAUCAAAUUGAAACUUCAACUGGCAGCCAAUGUAGUUGGAAGGGGACUGGUAUACUAUGUUUGGACAGUAAUUGCAGUGGGAUGGUAUAACUUAGUGUCUUGCAAUAGCAGGGGGUUGGACCUGAUGGCCUUCUAGCCCCUUACAACUCAACUAUUCUAUGAUUUUAUGCACUUGUAAGCCUUACCAUUUUCAAAGGCGGCCAUGUGAACAGUGCACCAUAGCAUGACUUACUGUACCUAGGCUCUGUCUGUCCAGGUAGGGUCAUAAUAUGUCAGCUUAAGCUGAUAAAAGGUGCUCCAUUACACUGAGUCCACAUGUGACUUUAAUGACAGUUCUGGAUCCUGGAUCCACCCCCAAACUAUGAACUUUGUCCUUUAGGGGGAGUGUAACCCAUCCAGAACAGGUAGAAUAUCACCUAGCUGGACAGAUACCCCCCAACUAACAGCAGCAGCUUCUUGUCUGGAUUGAACAUCAGUUUGCAGGCCCUCAUCUAAUCCAUUACUAUGCUCAAACACUGAUUAAGAAUGGCCACUGCCUCACCUAGGUCUGAUCUGCAUAUUGAUAACACCUCAGCCCAUACCUCUGGAUAACUCUUCCCAGCGGUUUCAUGUAGAUGUUAAAUAAACAUUUAAUUCUCUUUUGUUUCCUACUUUUGCAUUCCAGUUAUUUACAAUUAUUGUUUUGAUGUGCCAUCAGUUUUCUCCUGAGUACUUGUAUAAAAGUUUUCAGUUUCUUCUGCAUUUCUUGUUUGAGCAUAGAGUUGAAUGAUGGUUAUGUUGAUAGGUUUUCCAAGAGUUCUGGUUGGUAUUAUUUAGUCAGACUUGCAUUAUAGUUGCUUACUGCUAGUUGUACAUCUUGCUUCAGUAUUGGAGCCACUCCAUCAUUUCCAGAUUAAAACAUGUUGUGUUUGUCUGACUGAAAAUGUCCCAUUCCAGUCCACUUUAGUUCACUCACACCAACUGCAAUGUUUAAGCAUUUAAGUUCCAUUUCUUGCUUUACAGUUUCAAGUUUGCUUUGAUUCAAACUUCUCACAUUUUUUCAGUUGUAUGUGUUGUGCAGCAUCAUACUUUCCUUUCUCCUCAGUGCCUGUCAAUCACUAGAUUGCCUUUUUCCUUUUAGUUGUGUUUUUAGCAAUUGCGCUAUUUGUACUUAUUGUUUGCUGUUCCACAGUAGCUCACUGAAUGCCUUCCAACCUGGGACUCUUUUAUUCUGGCACUAUCUUGUUUCAUUUGGAAUUGUUUCAUAAUAGGUUUUUAUGGUAAGAAAUGUUCAAAAGUGGUUUACCAUUUUCUUCUUCUGUGAAGUACUACCUAGAAUUAGCUUGAGAGUCACUGCUGUUGUCUAUGGAAGAUCCUCAGCCAGUAUAGCCUUCAUCUACUGCUGCUGUCCUUCAGAGGUUUCUCUGCCCUUAUCAGCAUUAACGAUAUCCAUUCUCUUCUGCUGAUGUGACUGUUCCUUUUGAAGAGGGUAGAGGCAUCUUAGUCUGGUGUCUCUACUUUGACUAUUCUACCUCAGGUGCUUGAAGACCAGCCAUGUGAGACCGUCUAGCCUCAUGGCAGCGUUGCUGUCAGCUUCUCUGCUAGUCUCAAACCCCUUCCAAGUAAGGUAUGCAUCCAAGGGGGAAGCUUUUAGAUAUAAAUUAAAAAUUGUGGCAGUAGUUUUUCAGACAGAUGCCAUCCUACAGUCCUGAUACACACUGCAUAUCUGCUAUUAAGUAGUUGCUUGUGUUAUUGUCUGCCUGUCUGCUUAUGUUAAGGGACAUAAUAGUAAGUGAUAUGUUUAGCAUCAUAUUAACUUUGACCCCAAAAUGUUUACCAGUUGCAUAUAUAAUUAACCUUUACUUGCAGUAAUUUAGCUAAUAAUUAUACUAAUUUAUUGAUUAAUUUAGUUAAGAUGUUGUGACUGCUCAUUUUGAAUGAUCAGCCUUUAAUUAUUACAAAAUGUUAGGUUUGUAACAACUUAUACAACUUCUUUCCUUCCUUUUCUAGGUUUUCUCUUCGUGCUGCUUAUAGCUGGUAUGUAUUUUCUUGAACUAAUGGGAAGGCAGGACAAGAAUCUUAUGUAAUUGCAUAUAUUCAUACAAUAGGAAAAUAUAUUUAAAUUUUAAAAGUGACCUUAUCCAGUCAAUAUUAAGCACUGUCAUGUCUCACAUUUCAGUUGGAGAGAUUUAAGCACAUUCUUAACUUUUCCUGUGAAACAAGUAGGAAUUGGAACAUGCUCAGCAUUGGCUGAAUAUGUGUUUGAUGGAGGAAUUCAAAACAGCCCAGUUAGACAGGCAGAAAAGCCCUUCUAGUAAAAAAAAAAAUGUUAGGGGUAAGUCCAGGCAGGCAAAGAACUGCUCCACGGCUUAUUGUGCUAUGUGUAGGAUGACGGAGGACUGUAAAUGCCAAGUCUGGGGCCUUAUGAUCACUGAGGGCACAACUCACAGGAAUAUGCCCACACUCUUUGCUCUGUGUCAGAUAGUAUUCAUCCCUCUCUGUGUGUAAUCCAUCCUUUAUGCUUAACAAGACAAAAGUUGAAAUGAGUGGUAGAACAGCAUGGGAGAACUACAAGUUGAUAAAAUUCAAUGCAUGAUCCAGGGCAAUGGUGCUAAAAGCAGGAAUGCACACACACAAGUGGAAUCUCUUGAAUAUUAAAAACAUUUUCAAAAUUAUACAGGAAUUGCUUGUCUCCUAGAUGGUUCACUGGCAUCACAUUUGGUCAGCUGUAUUGGAGUCCUAAUUGAGUAUGACCAAAGUGAACCAAAUGGUUCCAGGCAUUGCCUUUCUCUUACUUGACCUUUCCCAUGUCCACAUUGCCAGCACGGUGGGACACCUUUUAUUACUGUCUUCCUCCAUCUUCUAUACUUGCCUUACUACCAAAGGAUUCAGGAUAGUAGAUGCUAAAACGACUGUGUUGUUUUCUUUGGCAUGGUGUCAUUUUGAAGAGAUGGCAUCUGCCCAUAGCAACUGUGUGCUGUGAAUCUCCAGAUGUUGCUGAACUGUAACUCCCAUCAUCUCUUUCCAUUGGCUAUGUUAUCUGGGUCAGCUGCAAGGAACCAGUGCAUGCACACCAGGCACAGUUACUUUUUUUCUCUGGUGUGGGAAAGUGUAAGUGGUGCUGAUACAGUGGUAUAGUUUCAGCAGGACCUAGUGUGAUAUGGUGGUCAGAGUGUUGUACUGGACUUGAGAGACCUGAAUUCUAGUCCACACUCAGCUAUGAAGCUUACUGGGUGUCUUUGGGCCAGUCAUGGACUCUACUCUCAGCCUCAACUAACUUGCAGGGAUAAAAGGGAGAGGAGGAAAACCUUGUAAGUUGCCUUGAGCGAGUUAUUGAGACUGGUAAUCAAACCGUAUCUGACAUUUGCUUGGUCCUUGUGUCCAAAACCUACAGGUAAAUACCAUUACGUCUAAAUUACAAAGCCAAUAUGUGAUGUCGUUAUACUUAUGGGAACUUAGUUUCAAGCAAUGAUAUUUAAGAUAAGCUUUAUAAAUCAUUUUUUCCCAAAUAAAAUGAAGCAAAUAUAUAUUUUUUGCCUUAGGAUAUAGACAAAGUUAGCAUGAUUCACACAAUAGCAUUGUCUGUGAAGCAACUCUGGAGAUGAUAACAUAUCAGCUAUUCUAUCUCCAUACUACAGAAAGAAAAAGGGAAGUUAUGAAAUCAUUAUGUGCUUUACUACCUAUUUUUUGCUAUUGCCUUGCCCCCAACACCCCCCGCCCACUGCAUUAGUUCUUAAAAUGACUUGUGUUUUCCUCUGUGUCCUUAUAUUCUUAAAGCAUGUUCAAUCGUUGUGUUAUGGCUGCCAGCUCGUUCAAUUUAUCUGAAAUAUUGUUCAUAAUAAAGGUAAGGCCCCUUUUACCAAUUUCCCCUUUCCUUUUUGAAUUUCUAAGAACUAUUUCAUACAUACAUAAAUAGAAAAGAAUCUGCUCUGUAUCAACUGAAGUACAGUGUAGUUUUCCCCCCAAAUAAAUACAUUGACUAGGAUGCUGUUAUCAGUGAGUCAAUGAUAACAGCAUAAAAGACCAUUUAUGUGGCACUUCAGAUUGUGUAUGUUGCCAUCCACAUAGAUAUAAUUAAUGUUGAAAAAAGAAAAGUAGUUCUAUGAAAUAAGGUGCUGUGGAUUGGUAUUUGGCCUACGCUCAGUAACAUUUUAGUUCCCACAUUUUGGCAGCUGGCCUGUGGUUCUAAAAGUCCAUAUUCAAAGACAGACGGUUAUGAGUACUUUAAACAGCUUUCCUGUGAGGUGCUAAGCUUUGACAAGAAAAAUAGCUGUCCACUCCAAUCUGCUUUGUGGAAACUCCUCUUUGUUCACUAUUAAGGCCCUGUUUAGUCCCAGCCAUAGGGAUAGGUCAGUAAUCACUGCCAUUAAUAGACAGCUAACUUUCAAGAUAAAAUUUUAAUUUCCAGGGUUGUGAGCCAAGAUAAACUUCUUUGCUUUUUAAGGUAAUGCUACUAUGUUAAUUUUAUAGGUAAUAAAUAUUCUUCUGCCAGGGAGUUUCACUUCAUCCCCAGCAAUUCCAAAUGGAAGGAAACAAUACAGUGUCAAGAUGCUGCUAGCAUCUCCUUCACUUUUGAAAGAAGCAAAUACAAGGAAAAGAGGCUGAGGCCAGGUGAGCCAAUUCCAUCCAUGGCUGACUGGCUUCCAAAGUAAACCUCUUCCUUAGGGUGUAUAUUUGUACAUGCACAAAAGCAAAAUCAGUGUGGAUAGCCUGACCUGAUUCUGCUAGCAAAAAUUUGAACACAUAUACAAAUACAGUUGCUCAAUUUCAAACACUGCCUCCGGAUCUGAAUUCUGUUGUGAAAUGUAAAUUACAUAACAGAAACUUGUUCUGUAUACAGAGUUAACAAGAUAUAAUACUUUUUCUAACAGCCUGUGAUAGAUGCAACAUGAUUUUUUUAAAAGAUAGAACUACUCUUAUAUUUUAUGGUGGGGGAAGACAAUAAAUCAUAUAUUUCAUGCAAUACCUUCCUGAACAGGAAAAGGUUUUUUAAAAAUUAAAAAGUCCUGUAGAAAUUAUUUGAAAUAAAAAAACAUAUAUUUUAGUAGCAUAAUAAUCAUUUUGAAAAUAAAAAGUAAUUGUAGUGUUGGAAUAGUUUACAGUUUAUUUUCUGUUUUCUUGAAUCCUUUUUAUUGAUUCAUUGCUAACACCGUUUUCUUCCAUCAUCCAGCAAAAAAUGCAUGCAAAUAAUAUGAUACAUAUACAGUGUUCCUCAGACCUGCAUCCUGCAUCCAUUCCACAUACUGGGGUUACAUUUACACUGUAACAGGUAAGUGUUACUUUGAGAGUUCUUCCAGACUCUGUCAUGUUAAUUAAAAUAAGAAGGUAUUAUCUACUUAAAGUGAAUGUAAUCCCUCCACAUGUAAUAAUGCAGAUAUCAUUAUGGGCCUGCUAUGUGCAGAAGCAUGUAAUUAAACACAGCAGGUGACUUUAAAAAAUGCUUUAUAUAAACUAUGAUUGCCAUUAUCUUUCUUACAUUUAUGUUCUGCAGUUCCUUUGAAGAGUAAAUAAAAUAACUUUGCAAAAACCUUGUAAGGUAUGGUACCUAAGGGGCAGUAUCUUGUCCAAGGCUACCAAAUAAAUUUCGUAAAUGAAGAAUAUCGCUAGAUACUGCAAAAUCUAUCUAGUUAACACUGAGGACUAGGGGGAGAAAUUCAUAUAUUUCAAUACAAGCCCAGUUACUUCACAGGUUCUUAUCCAGUACAUGAACUGAAACAGUUAUUCAGUGACUGCACUUUGAAUUUGUGAUGCAGUUGCUCACUUAAAAUAAUUGUGACUUUCCUCAAGCUAGAAUACGUUUUGAAGUGUUACAUGGGUCUCAAGCAUUUUACUGUUGGUUUCAUUUACAUUUGUGUUCUUAUACAUAUAUAUCUGACUGACAUAGGUCAACAAACUUUAAUUAAAAGUCAUAGUUUGUGGCAGCAGGGAUGAGGGAACCCAGUUAGAAAAA